AAAGGCGUGGUGGCGAUCCUCCACGAGCGCGGGCAGCCUAUGACAUCAGCCGAGAACGCCUGGGAUGCCGCUGCUCCUGGCCAAACUCAGAGGAGGAGGGUCCCGCCGGCUAAGAGUUAACUAGCCUCGCGCAGCGAGCGGGGAGCCGCCACUUUUCUGGGCACACUGAUUUCGGCCACUGGCUGCCACUGUACUCCUACCCAGGGGAGCUCGCGGCGAGUUUGAUGAAUUCUGGGUUGUUAGCUGCGGUCAGCUGGGCUCCCGGGAGCCUGAUCCUGGUGGAAAACGGGGGGCGUCUCGCAAAGGGACCAGCGGCUCACUGAGAUUCAACAUGACACUUCUGGGGUCUGAGCAUUCUUUGCUGAUUAGGAGCAAAUUCAGAUCAGUUUUGCAGUUACGACUUCAACAGAGAAGGACCCAGGAACAGCUGGCUAACCAAGGCAUAAUACCACCACUGAAAAGUUCAACUGAAUUCCAUGAACAAAGAAAACAUUUGGAGAGUGACAAGACUGAAGACAACCUGAAGCGCAAGGUCAGAAACAGGUCCGACCGAGCUGACUCGGUUAAUAUGCACAUACUUCAAGCCUCCACAGCAGAGAGGUCCAUUCCAACUGCUCAGAUGAAGCUGAAAAGAGCCCGACUCGCAGAUGACCUCAAUGAAAAAAUUGCUCUUCGGCCAGGACCACUGGAGCUGGUGGAGAAGAAUAUACUCCCUGUCGAUUCUGCUGUAAAAGAAGCCAUAAAAGGUAACCAGGUGAGCUUCUCCAAGUCAGCGGAUGCAUUUGCCUUUGAAGAGGACAGCAGUGACGGGCUUUCUCCAGAUCAGACUAGAAACGAAGACCCCCAGGGCUCAGCGGCAUCCCCCCAAGACACUAAAGCUACAGACACCCCUCUCGCAGGUCCCCUGGGGACAAUCCAGGAUAUUACUUCUGGCUCAGAAAAUGAGAGGAAUGACUCAACCUCGCAGCCUGGCAACCAGUCAGACACGGGGAAGCAGAGCCUUGGCACCCUCAGCACCCCUAUCCCGGUGCAUGCUGCUGUAAAGUCUAAGUCCUUGAGUGACAGUAAGAACCGCCACAAAAAACCCAAGGACCCCAAGCCGAAGGUGAAGAAACUCAAAUAUCACCAAUACAUUCCCCCUGACCAGAAGGCCGAGAAGUCUCCUCCGCCCAUGGACUCAGCCUACGCCCGGCUGCUCCAGCAACAGCAGCUGUUUCUGCAGCUCCAGAUACUCAGCCAGCAGCAGCAGCAGCAACAGCAGCAGCAGCAGCACAGGUUCAACUACUCCGGGAUUCACCAAGCUCAGCUCAAGGAACCAAAUGAACAGAUGGUCAGAAAUCCAAACUCUUCAUCAGCACCACUGGGCAACAACCCUUUGUCUCCCGUCAAAAACAGUUUUUCUGGACAAACUGGUAUCUCUUCUCUCAAACCAGGCCCACUCCCAUCAAACCUAGAUGAUCUGAAGGUCUCUGAAUUAAGACAACAGCUUCGAAUACGGGGCUUGCCAGUAUCAGGCACUAAGACAGCACUCAUGGACCGGCUCCGGCCCUUCCAGGACUGUUCUGCGAACCCCAUGCCGAACUUUGGUGAAAUAACCACUGUCACUUUUCCUGUUACGCCCACCAGCGCGCUGCCCAAUUACCAGUCCUCCCCCUCCACCAGUGCCUUAUCCAACGGCUUCUACCACUUCGGCAGCACCAGCUCCAGUCCCCCCAUCUCGCCCGCCUCAUCCGACCUGUCGGUGGCAGGGUCCCUGCCGGACACCUUCAACGAUGCGUCCCCCUCCUUCGGCCUGCAUCCGUCCCCAGUUCACGUCUGCACUGAGGAGAGCCUCAUGAGCAGCCUGAAUGGGGGCUCUGUUCCUUCUGAGCUGGACGGGCUGGACUCUGAGAAGGACAAGAUGCUGGUAGAGAAGCAGAAAGUGAUAAACGAGCUGACUUGGAAACUCCAGCAAGAACAAAGGCAAGUGGAGGAGUUGAGGAUGCAGCUGCAGAAGCAGAAAAGGAACAACAGUUCUGAGAAGAAGCCUUUGCCUUUCCUGGCCGCCCCCAUCAAACAGGAGGAUGCCAUUUCCAGCUGUCCUUUCGCAUCCCAACAAAUAUCUGUGAAAAGACAAAGCAAUAGCUCAGAGGGCCAACCUUCCACUUGUGAAGCUGCUCCACUCCUGCCCCUCGGGAACGCCCACUGUGUGGACUCCUCAGGUCAAACCAACGUACUUUCUUCCACGUUUCUCAGCCCGCAGUGCUCCCCUCAGCAUUCGCCACUUGGGGCUGUGAAAAGCCCCCAGCAUAUCAGUUUGCCCCCUUCGCCAAACAACCAUUACUUCCUACCCCCAUCUUCAGGCACUCCAGCGGAAGGGCACAGGGUCUCCUCACCUGUCAGCAGCAGCCAGGUGUGUACUGCACAGAAUUCAGGGGCACAUGAGGGCCAUCCUCCAAGCUUCUCUCCCCAGCCCUCCGGCCUCCACCCCCCUUUCUCUGGAGCCCAGGCAGACAGCAGUCAUGGUGCUGGGGGCACCCCUUGUCCCCAAAGCCCAGGUGUACAACAAAAGAUGGCUGGCUUACACUCCUCUGAUAAGGCAGGGCCAAAGUUUUCGAUUCCAUCCCCUACUUUCUCUAAGUCAACUUCAGCAGUGUCAGAGAUAACACAGCCUCCAUCCUAUGAAGAUGCAGUAAAACAGCAAAUGACUCGGAGUCAGCAGAUGGACGAACUCCUGGAUGUCCUCAUUGAAAGUGGAGAAAUGCCUGCUGAUGCCAGAGAGGAUCAUUCAUGUCUUCAAAAAGUCCCAAAGAUACCCAGGUCUUCCCGAAGCCCUACUGCUCCCCUUCCCAAGCCCUCAGCUUCCUUUGAACAAGCAUCUUCAGGAGGCCAGCUCUCCUUCGAUCACUAUGGCACCGACAGUGAUGAGCAUCUUGAAGUCUUAUUAAAUUCCCAGAGUCCCUUAGGAAAGGUGAGCGAUGUUGCCCUUCUUAAAAUUGGGAGCGAGGAGCCACCUUUUGAUGGGAUAAUGGAUGGAUUCUCUGGGAAGACUGCAGAAGACCUUUUCAACGCACAUGAGAUCCUGCCAGGUCCUCUUUCCCCAAUGCAGACUCAAUUUUCACCCUCAUCUGUGGACAGCAAUGGGCUGCAGUUGAGCUUCACUGAAUCUCCUUGGGAAACCAUGGAGUGGCUAGACCUCACUCCACCAAGUUCCACACCGGCCUUUGGCUCCCUUCCCACCAGUGGCCCCAGCAUCUUUAACAUUGAUUUCCUGGAUGUCACAGAUCUCAAUUUGAAUUCCCCCAUGGACCUUCACUUACAACAAUGGUAGAAUGCCUGAUGCAAAAGUGCUGAGGACAACCAAAGGAAGUCCAUGGGGAAAAGCACGCUACCAUCCUUAUGUUAGCCAAAAAGAGGAAAUGGAGGUAGAGGAAGAGGAAAUUAAAAAGAGACUUCUGUGACAAUCAGCAAGAGCAAAUAGCAGUCUUUAUAUAUAAAUAUAUAUAAAUGUGAUAUUUACCAACAUUCAUUAACUGUUAAUGAUUUCAGCCAUGCAUUCAAAAAUGUGCUUUCUCAGAUCAACAGUACCAAAACAAAAAUCUUUCACUACCUUUCAAACACCAAUAUUUUUUCUCACUCAUAAAUUUUCUCAGGCGUUGUUGGGCAUAAAAUCUCACAUUGUAAACUUUUCUCAUGAAUUUAUUAGAUGUACUGUGGAAAGAAAUGUAAGCUUUCUUAGGAGUACAGGGAAGCCAGUCUAUCAAAAGUUGUGGAAGACAUACCCAUGGUGGAGGUUGCUUCUCGUCUCUCCAUGACCCAUCUUUCAAAAUAGAAACCAUGCCCAGCUUCAGUUUGGGAGCUAGAGGGGGAGAACCAAUUUGUUCCCAGUGUCCCUUAGCCACAAAGUUGCCCCAUUAGAUGGCUCCCAUCCAGGGCUCAGAACACUGAGUGGUCACCAAUAAUAACUGACCUACAUUUGGUCCAGAGCACUCCACCCGGAACUUCCCAAUGUCUCAACCAGUAGCCAAAUCACUCCCGCAGUCUGUGGCAAUAAGCACUGUGAAACGGGGGAACCCUAAGCAAAGGAACCUCCUGCUGUGGAAGGUUCUCCAACACAAUCCCCAUCUAGUUCCAAAGACUAGAGAUGACCAUGUCAGCAGAUUGGAAGGAUACCUCUAGCCUCAGGAAACAAUAUCAGGGAUAAUUCAGACAGGAAAAGUGAGCUUUUCCUGUGUCAUGGGGAUGAAGACCUUGGGUAUUAUACCAUGGACAUAACAGGACAAUUAUUCGUGGCAGCCCAACUUUUUGCUGUUGUUUUCUUAUUGGGGGUGGGCAGUCCACCUCAGUUUAUCUUUUUCCCAUUCUGCUUUGCUUUCAAGAUAUCAGUCCUUUCUUGCUCCUCUUUUGAGGAUAUAGUUUUUUUGUGUGCCAACAUUGGGAGAAGAGGACUUCUCAGUCUACCACACUCCUAAUAAAGCCAUAUUUUUUAAAACCUAAAAAUCCAGGUUCUCCUGGAAAAUUUAUUCUCUAUGUGCAUCAUUUGCUGCAAAAGGAAGUUAAAAGAAUUUCCUGAGGAGGAAAGUGGUAACUCGGUCCAUCAGUCACAAUGUUCAUUCUACCCUCAUUUGAUUUACAGCAAUCUUUGAUUUAGGUUGCUCUGGGGAAAUUGGAAAUCAUUAUAUUGUAAAGAUAAAUAUGAAUUAUAUUUAUGACAGAGAGUAUUUUACGCCUGGUUUCUGAAAGAAAACAGUCGCACAUUGUAAAUGAUAAAAGGAAAAAAGAUGAUGGUCCUAAUUGUGCAUUCCUCAUCACCUCUCAUGCUUUUGCUGGGAGCUGAAAAACUCAACGCAGGACAGUCUCUCGAAGGCUCCCUGUGGUUCCAAUUCACCGUUUGAUAGCGUUGCAUGCUGUAGAAAGUAGCUAAUGCAGGGUUUGUUUUUUUAAUUUAAAUCACUAAGGCACUGUUUUUUCUCUUUUGUAAAAAUAAUGUUCACUGUGCACUUAUGGAGAAAAUAAUCAAAAAAUGUUGUGAUUUUAGAAGUUCUCUUUUUGAUAAACCAAAGAUUUAGAAGUCAUUCCAUUGUUAACUUGUAAAUGUGUGUGAACACAAAGUGUUUUUGGUGACUGCUACUCUGAAAACUGCCAGAUCUUAUUCUGAGGGAUAGAUAUAUACCUAGAUCUGCAUGUGUGUAUGCAUGUAUACACACAUGUACAAGAUACACACAUGUGUAUGUGUGGACAUCUUGAAAAGCAGUGUUACCGAGUUCUGUGCCAAAAACCUUUAAGCCUCAAUCUGCUGUGAAAAGAUACUUGGCCUUUCUCACUAUGAGUUCCUGAUUAACCAACCAGACUACACGUUGCCUCUCUGUGUAUGACUAAUGGCUCCAUCCCGAUGACUCACAGCCACUUGCUUACCAUGAACAAGUUCAUCAUGACAAUGACGAUGGAUGGGAAAAGACAGAAAAGCCUCACUAUUUGUAGCUGGAAAUGGUAACAUGGUCUCUUACAGAAGAGCAUAAAAGGAACGUGAAUGUUUUACAUUCCUUGAUCUGCACUGUGCUUUAAGAGAUCCGCAUGGUAAAUUUUUCCUUUUGUUUCUAUGUCAGUCAUCACAACCAAAAAUCUAGAGGGAAAAAUGACCAGUGUUUUCUCUGAAGAUGAAGCUAUGGGGAAGAAAACUUUAUAAUACAUUCCUCACAUUUGUUUAUCCCUUAGAUGUUGAAGCUUUAUUUGGUUCUUGACAAGCUUGCUGGUCAGCAUAUUCUUCAUAUGCCAUGUUGUGUGAUUUGUAUGUUAUUUCCCCCCUUACUUCCUUUGGGAAACAAACUCAGUGUCCCUACUCUGAGACUAACCUGAGUGCUAAUUAUUUUUUCCUUUGGGUAUUUCUAUCUGAAGAACUAGACUUGGUUUGGGGUCCCCAGUACUUCACAAGAUUGUACAUUUUCACUGGGUUCAUUUUAGGAUGUUACCUGAGACUGAUAGAAACAUUUCACACAAGACAAAAAUCAGAUGGCUCCUAUUUGCUACUGCAAACCACACACUUAGCUCAGAACAGACUCCUGGAUUAUUGGUCUUGACCUUUUCCCACCGUCUCCUUGCACCAGAUUCUCUCUCUCUUGAGCUCAGAUGUGAGAUUGAGAGGAUGAAGGUGGGGAUAAUUGGGAGAAAAUUGAUGAGUUUUUCUGCUUGCAGGAGAUCUGAUGGUUCAUGUCAAUUCAUCUGUCUCCUCUUGGGGAUUUUUAUUUUAUGUGCUUUUAAACUCUCAGUUAUGUCUUCUUUUCUGAUAACAAGUGGGCGUGACUAAAAGACGUACAGGACGUGAAGUCUCCUAAUGCUCUUAGAGCCUGAAAAGGACCAAUCUGAAAAGUCAUUUUCUUAAGACUUUUGAAACCCCGGUUGUAAGACAACCUGCUGAUGUUUGCGAUCAUUUCUGAUGCUGCUGCAGUCCCUUCAGUCCACACUUACCCAACAGUCAGAAAAUUCUUUUGUGUGGAUGUUUUCAUUAAACCAGCACUCUGAAGAGUAGCCCUGCUUCUAGCCAUGUUAUUGAGCUGAUGCACAUUCGGUCAUAAGGGAGAGAGAGGAAGGUAGCGAGGGAGGGACUCAACUUUCCCAUCUAUGAACUGUUCUGUUAAUCUAAGAUAUUGCAUCAUGCAAAGUGCUUCACAGAUGUUAAAUGAGAAGUCAUUCCUAACCAUGCCAUCAUUACACCAAUAAAUGAGGAAACCAAGAGUCUUCACCUGAAAAGUCAAGGAUCUGUGAACUGGUAGUCUUUACCCUUCAAGAACAUUUCUUUCUAAUCAGGAAAAAAAAAAAAAAAAAAAAAAAAACCACCAAUAACCAAGAAACCUAUCCAAGAACAGCUCUUUCUUCAAAAAUUAUUUGAAAUGCUAUCAGUUCUUCUAGAAAUAAAUGCUGACCUAGCUGAAAGCUCCUGUUCAGAUAUACUCCUCCAGUGGAUAAUUACUUGAUGUCUAAUCUGGACAAAUCAUAUACGUUAACCUGGACAAAUCAUGUACGUCCUCAAUUACCCAAUACCAAAUUGACUCAGUAGUGUGGUUCAGAUUUUGAGUGAGCUGGGAGCUGUAGUUUCUAUAAACAAGAACUCGGGAAACAUCCCAGUUCUCAGGCCAGAAACCCUUUAGCUAUGAUUAAAAAAAAAAAAAAAAAGUCCUCAUUUUUCCAGAAAGAAGAAUGAAGAGCUCCCUUUUAGUUAAAAGUUAUUUCCCACACCAACAUUCUUGUCUUUAUGAUCAAACAGUGCUUAUAUCACUUAGAAAUCUUGUAACAUUUCCCACCACUUAAACCAUCUGUGAGAGUUUUAAGGUUGGUUUUAAUUGCUAUAUACAGAAGUCCCUUGCACAUCAAGGAAGGAGGAAGGAAACUUUUAUCCCACCCCCAUCCUCAAUCUCUGUAAUAAACUUUCUAAACAAAAGGGACACUUACUGGGGGAGGGGCGCACAUGGUAAACCUCCGUUAUUUAGGAGAAAAGCUGCAGUGUGAAAACAGCUCGGGCGCCCCCUUAGGUUUGUGCUGCACCCCUCGCAGUGGGAAACCCAUCUGCUGGCACAGUUUGCUAUCAGAUAUGAGAGAACUUGGAGCCUUGAAAAGAGCCUGGGGUCUUCAUUUUCCUAUAAAUUCCACAUAAACCAGCAGGUGGUUGAGAUGCUUCCUUACACAGAAGAUAUUACGAGACACAAAAGAGUCCCGCAGUUCUGAGAGCUGCUAGGUCAUGUUAAAGAGCAGGGUUUGAUUCUAGAAUCCACACUUUCAGAGGCGCCCUGGUUCAGUUGAGACUAUGCCCAAGGAGAUGAUUUUAAGACAGGAAGAGAUCUGGGAAGACUUCCUCUGUCUGCCAGGGAAAUGGUAAUAGAAUCCUCUGGAUUCAAUAACAUGCAAGCAAUUUCCUUCUGAUUCUAGUGUUUGGUGCUUUCCUCUGUGGAUUAAGACAAAUUCCCAAAUGUCUCCUGCCUAUUUUAACCACCUGCCCCUCUCAUGGACACUGGUAACACGAGUCUCCUGUAGAUGGUUUAACAACUCCUGAGUUUUUAUAGGAAAAAGCAAUGCAACAAUGGGGAUCCUGCAUGCUAUUCCUUGUUUUCCAAAGGAAGAGAACUUUCCAGUGCGCCCACAGCGAGGAAAGAGGGCAGUGCGUGGUUGGGUGCCAUGAAGUCCUCCCUUGGUGAAACAGAGACACUGGGUACAGACAUCCAAGGAGCUAGAGAGGUGGGGGGUGUUGUUUUCAAGUUGAUCUCCUUUGCUGAACUCCACAUAACCAGAAAGAAAUGUGGGUUACCAGGAAGAGAAAAGAAGCAAUGGCUAAAAUACCAAAG